ACCCUGGUCCCAGGCCGGCACAGCCAGGUGACGCCAUGCCAUCCAGAGACCAUCCCUUCGGUUCCUGCAGCCCCCUGAGCCCGCUCCUGCCCGGCCCCCGUGAGGAGCAGCCACCCGCCAAGGGCCUGUACUACCGCAGGGCCCGCAGGCUGGGCAGCCCGGACGCCUCCCUGGUGACCGACCUGCAGAAGGAGCUCCUGGUCAACGUCGGGGGCAGGCGGUACCUGCUGCCCUGGAGCUCGCUGGACGGUGAAUGCUCUCAAAAGUGCCACUCUAUAUUCGUCGUGGAGACCAUUUGUGUGGCCUGGUUCUCCCUGGAGUUCUGCCUGCGCUUCGUGCAAGCCCCCAACAAGUGCCGGUUCUUCCGGGGUCCCCUGAACAUCAUCGACAUCCUGGCCAUCUCCCCGUACUACGUGUCCCUGGCCGUGUCCGACGACGAGCCGCGGGAGGACAGCGACCGGCCCGGCGGCGGGGGCUCCUACCUGGAGAAGGUGGGGCUGGUGCUGCGGGUGCUGCGGGCGCUGCGCAUCCUGUACGUGAUGCGUCUGGCCCGCCACUCGCUGGGGCUGCAGACGCUGGGGCUGACGGUGCGGCGCUGCGCCCGCGAGUUCGGCCUGCUCCUCCUCUUCCUCUGCGUGGCCGUCACGCUCUUCUCCCCGCUGGUCUACCUGGCCGAGAACGAGUCUGGGCGCGUGCUGGAGUUCACCAGCAUCCCCGCUUCCUACUGGUGGGCCAUCAUCUCCAUGACCACGGUGGGCUACGGAGACAUGGUGCCCUGCAGCGUGCCGGGCCAGAUGGUGGCCCUGAGCAGCAUCCUCAGCGGGAUCCUCAUCAUGGCCUUCCCAGCCACGUCCAUCUUCCACACCUUCUCCCACUCCUACCUGGAGCUCAAGAAGGAGCAGGAGCGGGCCCAAGCGCGCCUGCGCCGCCUGCGGGCCGCCAACACGGGCAGCGAGCGCGAGCUGCUCCAAGACACUGACGACCCCCUCCUGGCCGAGUCCCCAGAGCCCGCCAAGGACCUUUAG